CACACACACACACACACACACACACACAGAGAGGCUGCACCUCUAGGGGGACUCCAGACUUCAGUGGAUAGUAGCAGCGCGUGAAGAAGCGUGAAGGCGAACGUGACCGUAUCAGCGGCGUGCGCGAGAAUGUAACCAUCGCCCGCGUGUUUUGCGGGGCUUGUUAGCGGCGGCAGCGGCAGCGGCGUAAGAACCUCGGGCAACAUGUUACAGUUGCAGCGGUCGUAGAGGAAAGCGAUUUAACAGUAGAGUAAGGAUAGCUGCGUUUGUCUUUUGAGAUCGGUCUCUUCAGGAUCAGCAGACUCAGGUGGCUGAGAGAUGCAGAGAUCUUGGCGCUAUAUGAGGAUUUUCUGUUGACCCUGUGCUUAAGUGGGUGUCGUGGAACUUGACAAACCCUGUGCUCAGAAAAAUGCUGGUAAUAUUAGCUCUAUACACUAGAGUAAAUGCAGUGCCUUGCUAAAAAGAGCAGUGCCGCCACACAGAAUGUCUUGGGUCAAUGGCUUUAAAGCUGCAAGAGUGGACAACCAUAAGACGGCAUGGGGUGAGCGCAACGGCAGGAAGUCAAGGCGUAAGAGGGGCUCGUCCCUGUGCAACCCACGCUACAUGAGCUGUCUACGGGACCCCGAGUCUAUGGAGCCGCCUUCACAACACUACUCCCGUGCAGCAGGGGGCGCCACCAGCAGCAACUUCAGCACACGCUGCGUUUGGCAGGAAGACCAUUAUGGCAGGAAGGGUGAUGUGGGUCUGAGAGCCGUCGACCUGGCCUUUGAAGAUUCUGAGACAAAGCAAACGAAAGAUGGAGAUGACCCCGAUGACAGUGGAGAGGAGAGGAAGGGUCCCGAUAGGUGUUUUUUGACUUGCUUGUUGCGCCUAGCUCACGUUUUUCAGUCCAAGAAGUUUAAGUCUGCCAAGCUCGAGCGACUUUAUCAGCGGUACUUCUUCAGACUCAACCAGAGCUCUCUUACAAUGCUCAUGGGGGUCCUGGUUGUGGUUUGCGGGGUUAUGCUAGCGUUCCACUGCGUCCAAGGUCCACCAGAUGUGGCGUUCGCCUCGGUGCUCUCCGUAGCCAUGGGCCUGUUCUUAGCCUUGAUGGUGGUGUGUAAUAGAAACGGCUUCCACCAGGACUACAUGUGGAUCGUGAGCUAUUUGGUCAUGGCGGUGUUAGUGGUGGUGCAGGUGUUUGGCUUGUUGAUGGUGCAUCCACCCAGUGCAUCUGAAGGGAUAUGGUGGACAGUGUUCUUCAUCUACAUCAUCUACACACUGCUGCCGGUGCGAAUGAGAGCAGCCGUGAUCACUGGAGCUGUGCUGUCCACCAUUCAUAUGAUUAUGGCAUGGAGACUUAACCUUCAGGAUUACUUCCUUACUAAACAGUUAUGUGCCAACGCAAUGAUUUUCCUGUGUACCAACAUCAUUGGCAUCUGCACACACUACCCAGCAGAGGUGUCUCAGAGACAGGCCUUCAAGGAGACCAGAGGAUACAUCCAAGCCAGAAUACACCUUCAGAGAGAGAACCAGCAGCAGGAGCGCCUGCUGCUCUCUGUGUUGCCAAGGCACGUUGCCAUGGAGAUGAAGGCAGACAUCAACGCCAAGAAAGAGGAUAUGAUGUUCCACAAGAUCUACAUCCAGAAGCACGACAACGUCAGUAUCCUGUUUGCGGACAUCGAGGGCUUCACCAGUUUGGCAUCUCAGUGCACGGCUCAGGAGCUUGUGAUGACCCUUAAUGAGCUUUUUGCUCGCUUUGAUAAAUUGGCUUGGGAAAACCACUGUCUGCGGAUCAAGAUCCUGGGGGACUGUUAUUACUGUGUGUCUGGACUUCCGGAGGCAAGGGCAGAUCAUGCGCACUGCUGCGUGGAGAUGGGAGUAGACAUGAUUGAGGCCAUCUCAUUGGUGCGAGAGGUCACGGGAGUGAAUGUGAACAUGCGCGUGGGAAUACAUAGCGGCCGUGUGCACUGCGGGGUGCUCGGCCUACGCAAAUGGCAGUUUGACGUGUGGUCCAACGAUGUCACACUGGCCAACCAGAUGGAGGCGGGAGGUCAAGCAGGGCGGAUCCACAUCACCAAAGCCACACUGCAGUAUUUAAAUGGUGACUAUGAAGUGGAACCAGGUUUUGGAGGGGAGAGAAACGCAUACUUGAAGGACAACAACAUCGAGACGUUUUUUGUCCUGGGCUGCAGUCAGAAAAGGAAAGAGGAAAAAGCAAUGAUGGCUAAGAUGCAGCGUGCUAGAGCCAACUCUUCAGACGGUCUGAUGUCGCGGUGGGUUCCUGACAGAUCUUUCUCCAGGACUAAAGAUUCCAAAGUCUUCAGACAGAUGGGCAUAGAUGAAGCCUCCAGCAAAGAUAACCGCUGCGCCCAGGAGGCCCUGAACCCGGAGGACGAGGUCGAUGAGUUUUUAGGACGUGCCAUCGAUGCUCGAAGCAUUGACCAGCUGCGGAAAGACCACGUCAAGAAGUUCCUGCUCACAUUCCAAACACCUUUUCUGGAAAAAAAGUAUUCAAAAAAGGUGGAUGAUCGUUUUGGUGGUUAUGUGGCCUGUACACUAGUCGUCUUCUGCUUUAUUGUUUUUAUACAAGUCAUCAUAUUUCCACAUACACCAUUAAUGCUGGGCAUGUUCAUCAGCAUCUUUAUUAUUCUCGCCCAUGUCCUCUUUAUAUGUGCCAUUUACUCCUGUGUUAAGCUUUUCCCCGUUACCUUGCAGACAGUGUCAAAGAGGAUUGUUCAGUCCCGUGUCAAUAGCACACUCGUCGGAGCCUUUACAAUUCUGCUUCUUUUCAUCUCUGCCUUUGUUAAUAUGUUUACCUGUGACCGGGAGGAUCUGCUUAAAUGUGUGGCUGAACAGCUGAAUAUUUCUGACUCUGUCACACUGUGCCUGCUGUAUAAUCUGACUGGACCAAUAGAGGACCCCUUCUUCUUGUGUCCCAGGCAGCCUUCAGCAUGUCCUCUACCCGAGUAUUUCACAUACAGCGUGCUGCUGACUCUGCUGUGCUGCUCAGUGUUCCUGCACAUCAGCAGUAUAGGCAAGCUGGUCCUCAUGCUCUUCAUCCAGGUCUUCUUCCUGCUGCUAGUGGAGUGGCCUCUAGUCACGAUGCUAGACAACGCCGACCUGUUGGUCACCGCCAAUGCAAUGUAUUCUUUCAAUGAAACAAAUUAUUGCCAGGAAAUGGUGACUAAAGUGUCUCUGAGGGUGUCGAUUCCAGUGAUCCUCACUGUAUUUGUACUGGCUCUCUAUCUGCACGCACAGCAGGUCGAGUCCACGGCACGCCUUGACUUCCUGUGGAAGCUACAGGCCACUGAAGAGAAAGAAGAGAUGGAGGAGCUGCAGGCCUACAACCGUCGUCUCCUUCACAACAUCCUGCCCAAAGAUGUGGCUGCCCACUUCCUCGCGCGAGAACGGCGAAACGAUGAGCUGUACUAUCAGUCGUGUGAAUGUGUGGCAGUUAUGUUUGCCUCCAUAAGCAACUUCUCAGAGUUUUACACUGAACUGGAGGCCAACAAUGAGGGUGUGGAGUGCCUGAGACUGCUUAAUGAGAUCAUCGCUGACUUCGAUGAGAUAAUUUCUGAAGAGAAAUAUAAGCAGCUGGAGAAGAUCAAAACUAUCGGUAGCACUUACAUGGCAGCAUCUGGAUUGAACGACUCAACGUACGACAAAGAGGGCCGCACACACAUUCUAGCUCUUGCCGAUUAUGCCAUGAGGCUACGCGAACAGAUGAAGUACAUCAACGAACACUCAUUCAACAACUUUCAGAUGAAGAUAGGUUUGAACAUUGGGCCAGUGGUUGCUGGUGUGAUUGGAGCCAGAAAGCCUCAGUAUGACAUAUGGGGUAACACAGUGAAUGUGGCCAGUCGCAUGGACAGCACAGGUGUUCCUGAUCGUAUCCAGGUGACCACUGACUUAUACCAUGUACUAGAAAGUAAGGGCUACCAGCUGGAGUGCCGUGGACUGGUGAAAGUGAAGGGGAAAGGAGAUAUGACCACUUACUUCCUCAACAGUGGUCCUGUCUGCAGUUAACACUGACCAAAUGCCUCUCAAUGCACUGAAAUGAAGGAAGGACAACAAAAGUCUCUGGAUGGGAUUUGAGUAGAUCCAAAUAUAACCACUCACUCAAGUUCUCUAGCUCACAAGCAUUAGUGGGCAUGUGUGGUGUGUGUGUGUGUGUGUGUGUAUAUAUAUAUAUAUAUAUAUAUAUAUAUAUAUAUAUAUAUAUAUAUAUAUAUAUAUAUAUAAAUAUAUAUAUAGGCACCUAUUGGGAAUAAUGAGAUGUGCUCUACCUGAAAUAUUUGAUGAAGAACUGUUGCCUUAGAUGGAGAAGACUUUGAAAAAAAAUUGGUUUUCUUUUUUAUUUUGUGGGAAAGACUUCUUCCAUACCAAAAUUUGAAUUCUUUAUUUAUUUUGACAGGUUUUAAACCAUGUAAAUAAAAAUGAUUAUAUAUGCAAGCAUCAAGAAGCAAGAAUAAACUGACCAAAGAACAAAGUAUUUGAUAUAGGAACACUACACACGCCUGGUAAACUGUUUGAAAUGUCAGAACAAGUGUUACUUUUUUUCUGGUUUUCCUUUUUUGGCCUCCUGUCAGUCUCUACCACAUUGUAUUCUAUUAUAAACACUAAAGCAAAAAAAAAAAAAAAAAAAACACCUGUCUUCAUCGAAGGCCUUAGAAACCAGAAUCCUUGUAUUUAAAGUUUGUAUGAUUUAUGAGUGAUCCACAUGUUUUUCCCUUUUAGUAUUUGUGUACAAAUGAGGUAAAUGAAGAACAAGACUAGAACUGGACACAUUUUCCUGGGUCAUUUGUUCAUGUGUGUGGACUCUGUGUAAAUGUGUGUCUGUUAUCUUUAAAAGGGCAUAAUGGCUCACUGUGAGGUUUAUAAAAAUUAAUUUCAAAUAGGUUUUUUUUUUGCCAGAUGAAGUGCUAAUUAGAUUAGAAUUCUUUGCAUUUUUGUGUUCAACUGUUAACUGAUGUCUUUUCCUUCUCAUUUGAGUGUUACACAAAUUGCAGCUCUUCAUUCAUUAAUGUAUAAAUCAGUGAAAAAAUGAACCCAAAUAUGACCAAGACCUCAUGCAAUUCCAGCACUGUACGGUCAGCAACGGGAUCUUAAGACCCUUGUAAAUGUGUAAAUUGUGCUGACAGAGGCCCGUUGGGUUUAGCGGUUGCUGACAAAAGUGGCUGGACUGGAAAGUUGUUUGUUUGACAGUGUUCGGCAUAAGUUCAUUUCAGCAUUUCCUCAUGAGCGCUCUUAGUCAUGCUUGCACAUUUGUCAACAUUUUGAAAAAUUAUGCAAUUACUGGUCAAAUAGGUUUUAGCGCUGCUGCAGAGUAUUUUUGUCAUAUUCUGGAAUUUACCAUUCCCACUGUAUAGAUGCAUCUUGAUGAUUGUGUCGCAAGAAACAUCCUUCACCGUCCUUAACAUGAAUUUCCCAAUAUGAAUGUACAUGUAUGUUUAACAUUUUCACUUUGUCAUAGACAUAAAAGCACAUAUGGUUUUUAGUUCAAAUAUGUUUGUGGUACAUGGACCUUUCAGGACCUUUUUCCAUUAAAAGGUGGCAAAUCGA